CCAGAGUUCCCUUUGAAGCAACCUAGCAGCUGAGAGGAAGAAAUCUUCGAAAGGACCAUCAGGGGACCAAAGCGAUAGGCAGGUACAUACCUUAGGAACAAGGCAUCCCAAACUGCAACCCAGAGAAACUCACAGGCUCUAGUGAGAAAGAAUCGUCUUCUGUUUUUGUCAUUCCUUCUCAGCCUUGUCUCUUCAGAAAACACCCAUCACCCUUUCCUUGGCGCCUAAACUGUGAUCAGCGUUGGCCUUAGGUGGUCUGGGAAAACGUCAAGGGUACCUACGUGGACUUCCUUAAGUUUGCUCUCCCACCCUUCUACUCUGUAAGUGCAUUUGAUUAAAGCGGCCUCCAUCCCCAGGGUUAAAAUCCAGACGACACAUUGGGACUGGGAACUUACGAGAUCACCACCACUUUCGUUGUCAAUCAGCGCCCCCAGACAGCUGGAAACUGGAUGUGGUGACUCAACUUGGACCACGCAGAUGACAACAGGCCCUAAGAUCGAGCAGAGCUGCUAGAUGGAAAGAGCUUGAGUCACAGAAUUACCCUGUGGAGCAGAGCCACCAACCAGCUGGGAACACCACACACUGGACAGUUUUAUGAGCAAGAAAUAAACUUCCUUAUUCAUGCCACUAAAUGAUUAGGUCUUGUUACAAUUUAAUGCACCCUAAUACAGCAAUGUUGAGCUAAGCCUGUUGGUAAAUGGCACUGAAACCCUUUCCUAUCGAAACAUCCAUGGCACUCCAGAACAGUGACUCUGCCAACAAGCAGGAGGAGAGGGCACACACGUGUUGAAGGCCACAUGUCCAAUUUGAAGUCUGCUGUCGAAAGGGAUUUAGCCUAAAAUAUUUCCCUCUUUGCCUGCAUGAAGAGCUUGAUUGAUUGAUUGACUGACCACCGUGGCCCAGAUGCUGAUCUAGAAGCUCCAGACGCAUUACCUCCAGCCUUCACAAGUCCCAAGGCGCCUGGCGGAGCGGGAAUGGCGGCUUGGAGAGGCAUGUAAUUUGUCUAAGAUCACCCAGCUGAUAAACAGCAGAGACAGACGUGUCUAGUUUCAACCUCCCUUCUCAUACCACUGCCUCCUGGCUCGGGGGAGGAAAGGCAGGGGCUGAGAUUUUGAUGGAAAACUAGAGGCUGGCCAGGAGAGGAGGCCACUUGGCUCUGGACCUCAAGGGAUAGGUUUCUGUGGUCAAGAGCAUCAAGAAGCAGAAGGUUGGCCAUAGUGUGGUCAGUGGGUCACUCCGUGAAUAACAGGCGGAAUAUUCCAAGCAUUGUUGUCAUUAGCACUAUGAGUAGCCUGCAAAGAGCAGAUAUGAAAUUAUUACAUUUGCCGAGUCCUUGAGAUGUGUCAGGAAGUGUUCCAAAUACUUUACAUGGAUUUACGUGGCUUCUAUCAGUCCAUCCCAGUAUUGGAAUUGCUCCCCUGGAAGCCAGAUGACAGCAGCCGGCAAUCAGGGACCACUGCAUGGCCCCCGAGGAAUGCUCAGCAGGGACUGGCUGGGGGCAGGUUUUCCAUCGUCCAUCGUCACAUCUUCGGAAACUGCCACCCCCGAACGACGGCAGUUUCGGUUCAGGAGUCACUUCAUUCUGAAACAAUUGCCAAGCCCAGGGGUACCCAGCCUGUGGCUUUGGAUAGGAGGUCAGGCACUGAGGCAUACAGCAUGGAAGAGAGAGAGGAUUCCAGAACCAGACAGACAUGGGCUCAAAUUCUGCCUCCAUUACUUCUGAGUGGAAAGGGCAAAUCUGGAUGCAGAGACAGACACACACAGGGGGAAGACCACGUGAAGACACAGGGAGAGCGCCUUGUGAAGAUGGCGGGUUGCAGUGAAGCAUCUGCAAGCCAAGGAAUGCUCGGGCUCCCAGAAGCUAGGAGGGAGACCCAGAAUGGUUCCUUCCUGGCAGUUUCAGAGGGAGCACGGCUCUGCCAACAUGUUCAUUUUGGACUGCUGGUCUCCAAAACUGAGACAAUAGAUUUCUGUCAUUCUAAGCCACUCAGUUUUUGAUGCUUUGUCAUGACACCCCUGGGAAAUGAAUACAUACAUCCCCCAACAAAGAGGAAGCUCAGAAUGUAUUUUCUUUGCUUUGUCACAUUCCAUAAAUAUAACUAAACUCUUUAUGCUGAAAAUGAAAAAGUACAGGAAAAAACCCAAACAGAACUCUCCUCAAUUUUGCCUAACAGAGAAUUAAGAAGAAUCCCCAAAGACCUCACUUUAAUCAGGUUGAAAUUAAUCUACAUUUUGUGUUUAGAGUAAUAUUAAAUUAACUGAAUGCAUUUUUAUAAUAA